UGUAUAUGUAUUUACUUCUCAAAAAAUGAAAAACAGAUUUUCAUUUUAAUGAAAACCGUGUUUUUUAUUAAAAUGUAUUUAAAAAAUCCUCUUCACUGUAAUAAAAGUAUAUGCUCAAGCAAGCCUGGGGCAGGGGGCAGAGCAGAGAUAAUAAUCUUUUUUUUUUCCUUUUUAAUUAAAAAAAAUUUUUUUUAAAUUUUAAUGUGGUAAAAAGCAACAUAAAAUUUAUUGUCUUAACAUUUUUAAUGGUGCAUCUCAGUAGUGUUAACUGUCUUUACAUUGUUAUGCAGAUCUCUAGAAGUUUUUCAUCUUGCAAAACUGAAACUCUGUACCCAUUGAACAACAACUCCUGGUGAUAAUCUUUUUUGAUAGAUGAGGAAACUGAAGUGCAAACAGGGCAAGAAACUUAUUUCCCUCAAAGUGAGCUCUUCCCACACUUAUGCCAUCUGUCUGUUGUCUGCUUAUAAAACUGUCUGAGGCCCCUUCCUCCUGCAACCACUGCCUUAGCCAUUCCAACCCCCAAAUGCCUCUCACAUCCUCUAUCUGUCCCCGCCCCCACCUUGUCAUCCCCUCUGCCCCAGCUCAGGACUCAGCACCUUGAACCCACACUAUUUCACUUAUCACUGGGCUCCCUGCCUCCAUCCCUGCCCUCUUUACUCCACACUCUACACAGAAGCCAGAGUGUCCUUUCCAAGCACAGAUCUGAUUAUUUUACCCCCUUUUAAAAUAUCAUUCCAUGGUUUUUCUCCACCUACAGGGUAAAGUUCCAACUCUGCAGCCUGGCACUCAAGGCCCUCUAUGAUUUGGUUUGGGCCAAUGUCUCCAUCCCACAUCCUAUCUUAUCCUUUCACGCAUCUUACACUCUAUGCUACUUUCCAUUCUUCAAAGUGUGCUUUCUAGUCCAUCUGUUUGCUUCCCUUCCCUUCUCUACUUCCAAAAAAUCCUUCAAGGUCCAACUCAAAUUCUUCCAUCACUGUGAACACUCUCUGAGCACUGGUCAGAAUUCAUCCCUUCUUCCUUUAAGCCCCAGUAGCUCCUACAUUGUCUCCCACAUUAAGAGCUGGCUUUGUGCCCCUGAGUGUAGGGACUGGCCUCCUAGAGCUCCCAGAAUAAGGCUGCCCAGGAGUGGGCCUCCAUAAACGAUGACUGGCCAGGUGAUUCACUGAGCCAUUAAUUUCAUUGUGCUGCUCCUGCUUUCCAUUAGCCCGUAUGAGGAAAGAGGAAGGCACAGUUAUAUGCCAUGUACACAGUGAUGUUGUUUUCCCACUUGUUGCCUGACAAGUGGGAUAGUAGAUGAGAACCUAUGCCUCCUCGAUCUUAACUCUUCCCCUUUUCCAUCCAGACAAGGUUGCCCGAGUACUAGAUGGCAGGGGGCCCCAAGGCCUUGCAUAAAUUGUGGGCCAGUCCUGGAUUAUUGCUGUAUUAUUUUGAUUCUUCCCCCCAAAUUCUGCAUUCUUAGAGUUCUUCAUGAAUAUUUAUCAUGGUCAUAACUAACUGUCAUCUUUUCCGGGGAAGAGACGUGAUGGUUAAUAGUCAAGUUAAACAGCUCUACCUAGAUAAAGGAGGGCUUUGGAACCAGUCAGUGAACACUGAGUGCCUGGCCUAUAGAGAAAUCCAAAGUGGCCUUCUUUACUGGAGACCACUGAGGGAAGGAGAACUAGGGUAGUCCCCUAGACUUGGAGGAGAGACACAGCCUUUCUGACCAGGAGCAUGUGGUCUGCUGAUAACCCUUAUCAAUAGCAAGAGGACAGCCACAAAUUGCCUUAUAUAGCAUCCUCCGAUUCUUCCCCCACCUGAAUCCCUGUUGCUAUGGAGACCACCAAUGGGACUGAGACCUGGUAUGAGAGCCUGCACACUGUGUUGAAGGCUCUAAAUGCUACUCUUCACAGCAACUUGCUCUGCCGGCCAGGGUCAGACAACCUGACUGAGGAGAGGCGGGCCAGCCUACCUGGCCGCGAUGACAACUCCUACAUGUACAUUCUCUUCGUCAUGUUCCUAUUUGCUGCCACUGUGGGCAGCCUCAUCCUGGGAUACACCCGCUCCCGCAAAGUGGAUAAGCGCAGUGACCCCUAUCAUGUAUACAUCAAGAACCGUGUGUCUAUGCUCUAAUGCUAAGAGGCCGGGGAUGGCAGAAGAUCAAGAUUCCUGAGGAUUAUCUUGUGGGGCCUCCAGAGCUCAGCUAUGUGUUACAUCAGGCCUCAGUGUUCUAAUCUGUAAGAUCAACAAGAAACAGUACUAAGGGAGGUCAUCAUUGGGGAAGGAGGAGAGGAUCUAGCAGACCUAGGCCUUGUGGAUAAGGAUUUUUUCCAGCAAAGAUAGACGUUACAGACAGUAGGAGCCCUUUGAACAAAUAUAUAAAAGUGGCAGGAAUUCCCUGGUGGUCCAGUG